AAAUCAGAACGUGCCACACGGUGACGUAAUUCUUGACGCCCACACUGAGCGCAGAGGCUGCUGGGAAGAAAAGGUCAAGAAUCGAUGGCCGCGGCAGCAGAGCAGCAGAUACUGAUUUACUGCUGCAGGAAAACAUGAUCUCUCUCUACAACUAUAACCAAUGAUACCGGAAAACACGGAUGUACUAUUUCACAUGAGACCUGUACGCCUCGCUGCCUACAAUACAGCGAACAUUACAGUAAGAUAUCCUCCGUUAACCUGAGACUCAGUCGGUGCUAGCUGUCGUUAGCUAGCUGGCAUCUGCUUUGUUAUUGUUUUCAUUUCAUAAAACACCCGAGAGGUUCUCCAGCCGAGGUUCUCCAGCCGAGGUUCUCCAGGACCUUCAGCCGAGGAUCUCAAGCCGAGGUUCCCCAGAACCUCCAGCCGAGGUUCUCAAGCCGAGGUUCUCCAGCCGAGGUUCUCCAGGACCUUCAGCCGAGGAUCUCAAGAACCUCCAGCCGAGGUUCCGUAGCCGAGGUUCUCCAGAACCUCCAGCCGAGGUUCCCAAGAACCUCCAGCCGAGGUUCCGUAGCCGAGGUUCUCCAGGACCUCCAGCCGAGGUUCCCAAGAACCUCCAGCCGAGGUUCCGUAGCCGAGGUUCUCCAGAACCUCCAGCCGAGGUUCCCAAGAACCUCCAGCCGAGGUUCCGUAGCCGAGGUUCUCCAGGACCUCCAGCCGAGGUUCCCCAGAACCUCCAGCCGAGGUUCUCAAGAACCUCCAGCCGAGGUUCUCCAGGACCUCCAGCCAAGGUUCCCAAGAACCUCCAGCCGAGGUUCUCCAGCCGAGAUUCCCCAGAACCUCCAGCCGAGGUUCUCAAGAACCUCCAGCCGAGGUCCCCCAGCCGAGGUUCCCCAGAACCUCCAGCCGAGGUUCCCCAGAACCUCCAGCCGAGGUCCCCCAGCCGAGGUUCCCCAGAGCCUCCAGCCGAGGUUCCCCAUCCGAGGCAGCUGGGUCCGGACCGCCUGAGUGAUGUGUGUUUGUGCGUCCCGGGAAGAUGGAUGAGAAGUCCGGCAGCAGCCACCACCACCGGCUCCUGUUCGUCCUGCUCAUGGUGCUGCUCUUCGGCGUCAUUAUGAUCCAGUACGUGUGCCCGAGCAGGUCCGAGUGCCAGAUGCUGCACCAGCUGGGCUCCUGGUUCAAGGACGGCGGUACAACCGGUUCCCGGAGCGGUGGCAGUGAGAUCCAGGACGGGCUCCAGAAGGACCCGUACAUCGCAGAAGAUGGAGCUCUGGUCCGCUUCGUCCCUCGUUUCAAUUUCACCAGAUCAGAUUUAAACCGUGUUGUGGACUUUAACAUUAAAGGAGAUGAUGUGAUAGUGUUCCUGCACAUUCAGAAGACGGGCGGCACCACGUUUGGGAGACACCUGGUGCGGAACAUUCAGCUGGAGAGGCCCUGCGAGUGUCACGCAGGUCAGAAGAAAUGUACCUGUUACCGGCCAGGUAAAAAAGAAACCUGGCUGUUCUCCCGGUUCUCCACCGGCUGGAGCUGCGGGCUUCAUGCGGACUGGACCGAGCUGAUCAGCUGCGUCCCGUCACGCAUGGACUCACGAGAGGCUCCCGAGAACCUGCCCAGGAACUAUUAUUAUAUAACCAUCUUAAGAGACCCAGUAUCACGCUUCCUGAGCGAGUGGCGUCAUGUGCAACGUGGGGCUACAUGGAGGGCCUCCUUACACGUGUGCGAUGGACGUUCACCAACGCUGUCUGAGCUGCCGAGCUGUUACUCAGGAGACGACUGGUCAGGUUGCUCCCUGCAGGAGUUCAUGGACUGUCCCUACAACCUGGCCAACAACCGGCAAACCCGCAUGCUGGCCGACCUCAGCCUGGUGGGUUGCUACAACGUCUCCACCAUGAGUGAGGAUGAGCGCUGGGCGUUGCUGCUGGAGAGCGCCAAACGCAACCUGCGCGGCAUGGCGUUCUUUGGGCUGACAGAGUACCAGCGUAAGACCCAGUAUCUGUUCGAGCGUACCUUCAACCUGGAGUUCAUCGCACCCUUCACACAGCUCAACGGCACACGCGCCUCCAGUGUCGAGGUCCCUGCCGAGACACAACACAGAAUCCUCCAGCUGAACCGAUGGGACGUAGAGCUGUACGAGUACGCCCGUGACCUUUUCCUGCAGCGUUUCCAGGUGGCGAGGCAGCAGGAGCGCAGGCAGGCCAGGGCAAGGCGGCAGCAGGAGAGGAGGCGGCUCCGUGGAAGGCUCACAACAAAGCAAGGGAGGCAGCUGAAGCCCACAGAAACCUCCCGUCAGCCUGCGAGCCACUCUGUAGUAGCUGAGGAGCAGCUGAGAGCGAAGGCCGGUGGAGACAGUGCAGAGUCAGACGUGCCACUCCCAGACUGGUGGGAUCUGGAUGAGAACGGCACCGUGGAGGAUUACACGGACAAUGUGGAGCAGUGGUAGUGACGGGAACAAGCAGUAGGGUGUCUUAAUACUAAGUGUGCCAAGUUCUGCCUUGUCUGUUUGUUAAUGAAUCAGUUAUUUUUAGUAUUUGCCUUCCACUAAAUGUUCCUUGUUUCUCACCAUGAACAAAUGACACACAUUUAUUUAUUGAUACUGAUUGUAUUUCUUUGCCACAACUGACGUUCAUAAUGAAUACAUUUCCUUGACAGAAAGACAGGCUGCAAUGCUUUUACCUUUCAGUGAUCACACAAGCCUUCUAGACUGGUCUCAAACACAUCUGAGCCCUUGUGAUGUAGCUUGGAAUGAGGGGGUGUUUAUGUUUUCUUUGUUAUAAAGAACAAUUUAAUACUUGUUGUUUCUAUAAAUAAUAUGCUACUGUUUGUGAUUUACAAUCUAUAUGUUUGCCAAAUUGCUGUCGUGUCUGAAAUGUGUACAUUUCAAAAUGUACUUUGUGUUUUUAUGUGUCUUUUAAGUAACAGAAAAGGAGAAUGGAAUUACCUCAUUGUGUAGCAUUAACUGCUAAUGUUGUAAAAUAACUGAAUGUGUCCCAAUUUUUUUUUUUUAUAUAUAAAAUGCUUUUACAUUCACUGAACUAUUGUUCUAUUCUUGCCAUACUUGGAUAUCUUCUUUCUGUGUCUGAUGUCCUUUUGUCUGAUCAUGUGCACAAAAGACGGCAAGCUUUUGUGUUGCACUUGCAAACCUCUGUAUCACCAGCAGAGAGCGCUGAAAUAAUUUUAAUGAAAUCAAAACUUCCUGGGUGGACAUACUGAGGUCGUAGUUGACAUCACAGUUUAUUCUUAAAUUUGGUUGGAUAGGAUUU